AUGACAUCUUCACUUGUGAUUUGUUCAAUUCCAGAAGAUGUUCGCGCCGAAUUCAAAAAAUUUCGAUUUUCCAAGGCGACUACAAUGAGUGCGCUUAUACGUGAGUCAUUUUGGGGGGAGAAAUUUGAAAGAAAAAAGUGGGCGUGGCUAAAAAUGCAACGGCGCUUUUUAUUGGAACUUUAGAGAAAUGAAUUAAAAAAUACGAAAUUUUCUGUUAAAAAUUCAUAGAAGAACGUUUUUUCUAUUGAUUUUCGAAGAAAAACUUGGAUCUUUCUCCCACUUUUGCUCAUUUUAUUUUUAUAUGUAUCUUAAAAAUAGCAAACUUCAGUAGUAAAUAAUUCUAAUAUUCCUGAAAAUAUCCCCGGUUUCCAGUCAAAAUAUCUCGCGAUUCGCACGAACUCAGCAUCGAAGAACAAUUCGACGAUUCAUCAUUGGAAGAAAUCCGCGAAGAACUUCCAUCUCAACAACCUCGUUUCAUUCUAUUAAGUUGGUGUAAAAAACACGAAGAUAAACGAAUAACUUAUCCGAUGUCACUUAUUUAUUAUUGUCCAACUGGAAGCAGUCCAGAAUUACAAAUGAUGUAUGCCGGAAGUCGAAAUUUCAUUGUUAAUGAGUGUCAGUUAACCAAAGUAAGCAUUUUUUUCAGGAAAAAAAUUUUUUCUUAAUUUUUCUCUUUCAGAACAUGGAAAUUCGCGAUGUCGAUGAACUCGACGAAGAUCUUUUGGAUUCUAAAUUCUAA